CUCGGAUCCGUUGGAUUCGCCAUUUUUCCAUUUUACGAUGGGCCGCGUGCUUCGCUUGGCAGACCUGCUCUGGAGCAUCACGCGCUUCCAAGACGGCUGCACGCCCGACACGCUCGCGGUGCUGCGCCGCCUCCGCGCAGCGUACGCGACCAAGGACGCAUGCUACUACAACGACCCGGACGACCUCGCCGACGUCUUUGCAAGCUGGCGCAGCCGACGGGGCACCCUCGGCCUCGCCGUCCUCUGCGACAAGGGCUACGACCGCCACCUCUUUUGUUAUGCGCUGCGCAUCGGCGACGUCGGCUUAGCGACGUGCGUGGCGACGACGCGCGCGAUCGCGCUUGACGAGCUGCACUGGCUCCUCGCGGCCAAGUAUGGGCACGUCGCGGUGCUCGACUUUCUCUACAGCCAGCGCGACGCACUGCCGCUUUUGCCGUCCUCGCUGCUGAGCGAAGCGGCGCGAUGGGGUCACUUGCCGCUGGUGCGCUACCUCCACGAGAAGGGGCUGGACGCGACGCACGUCUUGUACUGCGCCGUCAUGCACGGCCACGUGCACGUGGCACAGUACGCCCAUGCAGAGCGUCUCGGACAGUGGUUCCCGAGCCUUGUCACGAGCGUCGUCUCCAAGGGCGAUGCUGCCAUGCUUGCGUUCGUCCUCGCGCAUGGCUACGCCGGCGUGACGCCGCGCUCCGUCGUGAUCGCAGCCAAGUUUGGCCACUUGGCGCUCGUGCAGAUGCUGUACGCAGAGGCGGACGACACUGCGUUCGAAGAGGCGCUCUUCAAGGCCUCGUGGCACGGCCACCUGCACGUGGUCAAGUGGCUCGACACGCAGCGACUCGAGGCGGAGGUUCCGCACCGCAUUCUGGACGAAGCCAAGAUGCCACUGGAUGUGAUGAAGUACUUUCUACUCGAGCGACGAAGCGACUCGACGCGCGCGACCGCGCUGCGCUGCCACCCCAUCCACACGCCGCGCCUGACCGCCCACGAGCCCCGCGCCACAAUACGCCACGUGUUCGACUAACUAUUAACUGAUGGUCUUGUGUGUGUGGAGGUGGAUCGAGGCUGUCACGGUGGUCUGCUGUUCUG